CGUAUGAAACAUUAUCAGAUGAGAAUAAACGAAGAGAAUAUGAUCAGUUUGGCCGUCAUGGAGGACAAGGAAAUAAUGGAAGCCCGUUUCAUCAGUCAUUUAAUUUCAACUUUGAUGAUCUGUUCAAAGACUUUGACCUCUUUAGUCAAAACUCACGGUCAAAAAAGCACUUUGAAAAUCACGUCCGAAGUCAUCGGGAAGCUCACAAUCGGCAAAGACGUUCUUUCCAAGAGUUCUCUUUUGGAGGUGGACUGUUUGAUGAUGUGUUUGAAAAUAUGGAAAAAAUGUUUUCGUUUAGCGACUUUGAAAAUGCACACCGACAUGCAGUGCGAACUGACAGCAGGUUUCACGGAUCCAGCAAGCACUGCAGGACUGUCACUCAGAGACGAGGAAACAUGGUUACCACAUACACAGACUGUUCCGGACAAUAA